CAUAUCAUAUGCAACUCUACGCUAAAGUCAAUUAACUUUAGGUUGGGAAGUUUUUAAAGAAAUGUCCAUUUACGUCAUCUGCUUAACGACCAAUGGGGGGUUGCCAAUUCUUACUCGUAAAAAAGGAGAUUGUGAAAAUCUACCAUUCUCUACUAUGGCUUCUUUAAAUGGAUUUCAUAUGUUCUUUAAAUCAUUAGGCAUUCGAUUAAACAGGACGUACGCCGAGAACUGGAAAUAUAUUUGGAAAGAUUUUGACAACUCUAUUACAAUAAUAAUUUGCUCAGUAGGUAUUGAGGACUACGUUCUUGAUCUAUUACCGGAAAUGGUAUAUGGAGCGUUUAGUUUAUUUAUAAGCCGGGAUGAAAUGACACAUCCUACAUUUGCAGAGCGCUUAAAAAAAGAAUCCAAGCACUAUCUUCCGAUAUUAGAUGCUAUUUUAGAGGCCGGUAUAAGUCAAUUCCUUGGGUUCUCCAGUUGUCUUCUUUCCACUGACAAUACACAUAUAGUGCAGCGUUUAAACAACGACUUCAGCUCUCAAUGUGGUUCUUUAUUCUGUUGUUUGCUUGUGGGACAACGAAUAGCUGCAGGUACAGAGGGUUGGUGGGAUUUAAAUAUCGUGGAUAGGCAAUUGUUGCUGCUACUCUUGCAAACAUCGUGUUCGCUGCAAAAUGAUAUUGCAGUUUAUUUGCCGAAGAAAAGUCCAAACAUGGCGUACCGCUUUAUUACCAUUCCAGUUUCCAUCAACAACAUUUUGGCCGUUAUUUGUGGAACUGAACCACCAUUAAAAAGGCUUGUAGAUUUAGCAGAUAACGUAUUCAGAAAUGAAGUUACUUUAAUGCAAAAGUUAGAAAAAUUUAUACCAUGUGGCAUAUCAGAGUGCAUUGAGUUGGACUCCGCUGUAAUAGCGAUAAUAAUUGUCAACACUAGAAGCAGAAAAUAUGUUUUUUCAACGAACAUUCACCACAGAGCGUCUAAUAAGAGAUAUAUUGGCGAUUUUUCCUAUAAAGAUCAACUAAAAUUGUUAUUUUGCCAAACGUUUUCAAAUUUGGAGUUUUUAGAAAAAAAAUCGUAUCAAAAUCAUCGUAAUAAUUGCGUGGCUGACCAAUAUUGGUGUUCUGAUAGCAACAAAUUCUACGCAGAAGUUGACGAAGAUAAUAAUAUAUUUGGCUCCUUGUUCAUUUCAUCAAUUCCGACGCAUACCAUGAAGUAUAUUGGCAAGAACUUAUUUUCGAAAAUUCUCUCAGAAAAAACUUUUUGCUGGUGACAAAUGGGAUGGUAGCUGAAACGAAUUUUACAAAUUACAACUGUAUGUGCACGUUCAAUGCACAAUCUAAUAAAAACCAAAAACUUGUUUAUUA